CUCCGGUAGCUAGCAGCCAGCGAUGUGACCCUGUUAGCCUCCUCGCUUUAACAUUUCAGACAUGACAGCGUUAGUUCCGACUGGCUGAGACUAUCCCGACUGAGAGUGAACUAAACCGGAGACGACACCCCCCCUCCACCCCUUCCUCCCUCCGUACCCUCCGCCGUUCAGUCGCUCACCCCCCUCCGGUAUCGGGUAUCUUAAUGGCGGACCCGUCGGAACCAGCGCCGGGGAGCGUGCAGGAGGAGGAGAAGAAGAAGACGGAGCGUAUCAACGACGCAGAGCUGGCGCUGAAAGGAAUCAAUAUGCUGCUCAACAAUGGCUUCAGGGAGAGCGACGAGCUCUUCAGGACAUACAGAAACCACAGUCCCUUGAUGAGUUUCGGGGCCAGUUUUGUGAGUUUUCUGAACGCAAUGAUGACCUUUGAAGAGGAGAAAAUGCAGAUGGCGUUCGAGGACCUCAAGGCUACAGAGAGACUGUGCGAGAGCGAAAACACUGGUGUCAUUGAAACCAUUAAAAACAAGAUCAAGCGGAGUAUGGACUCUCAGAGGUCGGGGGUGGCUGCAGUGGACCGACUCCAGAGGCAGAUCAUCGUUGCAGACUGCCAGGUUUAUCUUGCAGUUCUGUCUUUCAUCAAACAAGAGCUGUCAUCAUAUAUCAAAGGAGGCUGGAUCCUCCGUAAAGCCUGGAAGAUGUACAACAAAUGCUACAGCGAUAUCACACAACUACAAGAGGGCAGCAGAAGGAGGGCCUCCGAACAGCAACCGAUGCCGUCUCCAUCUCCGUCCUGCGCCUCGGACCACAGUCGCUCCUCCUCACCAGGGCCGAGUCCGUCCCAGAGGCCGGACGGCAUCAGUCCCGAGGCUCUGGAUCGGCUGAAAGGGUCAGUCAGCUUUGGUUACGGCCUCUUCCACCUCUGUAUCUCCAUGGUGCCGCCGCACCUACUGAAGAUCGUCAACCUGCUGGGCUUCCCCGGAGAUCGUCACCAAGGCCUGUCGGCGCUCACAUACGCCAGUGAAAGUAAGGACAUGAAGGCCCCUUUAGCUACCUUGGCCCUCUUGUGGUACCACACUGUAGUGCAGCCCUUCUUUGCUCUGGACGGCACAGACACACAGGCAGGCCUGAUCGAAGCCAAAUCAAUUCUUCAACAAAGGGAGUCUAUCUAUCCCAACUCCUCCCUCUUCAUGUUUUUUAAAGGCAGAGUGCAGCGCCUUGAGUGCGAGAUCAGUAGUGCCUUGACGUCCUUCAGCGAUGCCUUAGAGCUGGCUUCUGACCAGAGGGAGAUCCAGCACGUGUGUUUAUAUGAAAUAGGUUGGUGCAGCAUGAUCGAGCUGAACUACGGAGAAGCCUACAGAGCGUUUGAGCGUCUGAAGACGGAGUCCCGCUGGUCCCAGUGCUAUUACGCCUAUUUGACAGGAGCGUGCCAAGGAGCCACAGGUGACCUGGAGGGCGCUAUUGCUUCUUUCAAGGAUGUUCAAAGACUUUUCAAGCGCAAGAACAAUCAGAUCGAGGUGUUUUCAACAAAGAAGGCUGAGAAGCUCAGGAGCCCCAGUCUAUCCAAAGAACUCUGCAUCCUCUCGGUGAUUGAGAUUCUUUACCUGUGGAAAGCGCUGCCCAACUGCUGUACUGCCAAGCUGAAGACAAUGACGCAAGUUUUGCAGGGGAUUGAUGAUGCUUCAUGUGAAGGUCUGAAAAACCUGCUUCUUGGUGCCAUAAACAAAUGCCUCCAUAAUACCAAAGAUGCCAUCCAGUAUUUCCAUCUGGCUGCAAAGGACGAAGUGGGUCGUCUGAGCAACUCCUACGUGCAGCCCUACUCCUGCUAUGAGCUGGGCUGUGUGCUGCUCAACUCCCCAGAGUCUGCAGGGAAGGGACGGACGCUAAUGCUUCAGGCCAAGGAGGACUAUGCUGGCUAUGACUUUGAGAACAGACUCCACGUUCGUAUACAUUCAGCUCUCGCCCCCACGAGAGCUGCAGCCCAGCCGUGAAGUUUGUUCCACGCCUCAGAUGCAGCUGGAAGGAAAAUGCACAAGACACACUAAUCGUACACUGUUUUGGUUUUGAUUGAUUUUUUUGUAUUUAUUUUUCAUAUUUUGAGCCAAUGCAUCAUUUAAAAUAUGAACAGAAAUGUUUCAUGGAAGAAAGAGGUUCUACUGAACAGUACAAAUUUGGUCUUUGUUGUUUACAUGGUUUGUUUUAAACCUGAGUACUUUAAAAAUCUAUAAUGUCAUUUUGAAAGGUAUCGGGCAUAUUGCUUCUGCUGAGGGACAGAUGUUCCUCAGAUUCGGCUACGAGUCAGAUCAGGUUGAGUAAAGGCACAUAAAGUAGAAUUGUCAGAGCAAUUCAAUUAAUAACUGGGAAUAUAUGUCUCAGAGAGGACAAUAUUCUUACCGCUCACUGCUGGUUGUUGACUUUGCUGUAAAGACUUUGCUAAUCAUAGGCAUGGGUAAUUUUUUUUUUUUUUUAGCAAAGCCCUUUUUUAAAGCAGAAUUGUUUUUAACUUGCAUACAAGUUUUAAUAAAUGCGCAUACAUUGUUCCACUUUUGAGUGGCCUAAAUGCACAGUGCUGCUCUUUGCUGUAAGCUGGUUCUACUUUAUAUUUGUUAUAAGAUAAUAAAAAUGAAUACUGUUAAAAUGGAA